CCUGCCUUGCUCAGCCUCGGGGAACGGGGAAGAACCCCCGAACGGUUCCGUUUACGUUUGUCAGAGCAAAGUGUUUGUUUUAUUAAAGAGAGAAAAUGUCGUCCUUUGCCGCAGAUUUCAGCAAAGCAAUGUCUCAAGCUGGCAGCUCACAGUUCCAGGAAGUCAUUCGGCAGGAGCUGGAGUAUUCCAUGAAAGUAGAACUCGAUAAGAUCCUCGCCACUGCCUCCUCAAAUGACCUAGAGCACACUAAAAAGGACCUGGAAGGAUUUAAGAAGCUGUUUCAUAGAUUCCUACAAGAAAAGGGACCAUCUGUGGACUGGGGGAAGAUCCAGAGACCUCCAGAAGAUUCUAUCCAGCCCUAUGAGAAGAUAAAGGCCAGAGGACUGCCUGAUAACAUUGCUUCUGACCUGAACAAGCUGGUGGUUGUCAAACUCAAUGGUGGCUUGGGCACAAGCAUGGGCUGCAAGGGCCCCAAGAGCCUCAUCGGGGUGCGGAAUGAGAACACCUUCUUGGACCUGACAGUUCAGCAGAUCGAGCAUUUAAACAAGUCCUACAACACUGAUGUUCCUUUGGUUCUGAUGAAUUCCUUCAACACUGACGAUGACACAAAGAAGAUCCUGCAGAAGUACAGUCACAGUCGUGUCAAGAUCUACACUUUUAAUCAGAGCAGGUACCCUCGAAUUAACAAGGAAACUCUGCUGCCCAUAGCCAAGGAUGUUUCUUACUCAGGAGAGAAUACAGAGUGCUGGUAUCCCCCAGGCCAUGGAGAUAUCUAUGCCAGCUUCUACAACUCUGGUCUGCUGGACAACCUCAUUGCAGAGGGGAAGGAAUAUAUUUUUGUAUCCAACAUAGAUAACUUGGGUGCCACUGUGGACCUUUACAUCCUUAACCACCUGAUGAACCCACCCAACGGAAAACGCUGUGAAUUCGUCAUGGAAGUCACAAACAAGACCAGGGCAGAUGUGAAGGGUGGGACGCUGACACAGUAUGAGAACAAGCUGAGGCUGGUGGAGAUUGCUCAGGUCCCAAAAGCACACGUGGAUGAAUUCAAGUCUGUGUCAAAGUUCAAGAUAUUCAACACCAACAACCUGUGGAUUGCUCUGUCUGCAAUUAAAAGGCUGCAGGAGAAGAACGCCAUUGACAUGGAGAUCAUUGUGAACCCAAAGACUCUAGAUGGAGGCCUGAAUGUUAUCCAGCUGGAGACUGCAGUGGGUGCUGCUAUCAAGAGCUUUGAGAACUCCCUGGGGAUAAAUGUACCCCGCAGUCGUUUCCUGCCCGUCAAGACCACGUCAGAUCUCCUGUUGGUGAUGUCCAACCUGUACAGCCUCAACGCAGGGUCCCUAACCAUGAGCGAGAAGCGCGAGUUCCCUACAGUGCCUCUUGUCAAGCUGGGAAGCUCCUUCACCAAGGUUCAGGAUUACCUGUGGAGGUUUGAAAGCAUCCCAGACAUGCUGGAGCUGGAUCACCUCACGGUGUCAGGUGACGUCACAUUUGGGAAGAAUGUCUCACUAAAGGGAACAGUGAUCAUCAUUGCCAAUCACGGUGACAGGAUCGACAUCCCGGCUGGAGCUGUCCUGGAGAACAAAAUCGUGUCUGGCAACCUUCGGAUCCUGGACCACUGAGUUGGGGCAAUGGGCACAUCCGGAUCUGUUGGCUGCUGUGCCAAACCAGCGCCCCCCAAGAGCAGAACCUUUUAAGCAUUAGAGAUAUGAAUACAGAAAGGGCCUCUGCUUUGUCACCUUCACAGUACCCUGCAGUAUUAAUUCCCAGUUGAUUUCCUUGCUGAGCUCUUUAAGCAGACACAGGGCACAGUGGAUAUGCGUAAGUAAAGCUUCAGUCCCUGAAGAGAUGCUGUCACUCAGUUACUGUCCCCUUGAAGUGCAAUACUGUGGGUCCUGGACAGAGCUUCUGUGAAGAACAGUUUAGAGGCUUGCCUCUGCCUAGGUAGUGUUUGAGUUGCUGGUAACUGCAGAAGGCAGCUGUAAAGCGAUGUGCAUGGGACAAGUUAGCGACCCACAGGCCCUUCUCACAGCCUGGGAGUGCAGGCACAGCUAACAACCACAAGUGUCAUCACCACUAAGCAGGCUCUCCCCACCCUGUGCUCCGUCUGCUCACAGACAUCCCCACCGCUAGCCCUGCUGCUCAGGGUGGGCCCUGGGGCCAGGACCCCAUCCCUGCAUCGCUGUCGUGCAAGGGGGAAGUGUUGGUGUUCCAGCCUCACCCAAAUAGUCGAGCACUUGAGGCCAACGCCUGGAUAUUCACUUGUGGUGUUUAACACCCCAUUUCCGACUACAGCUCCUCUUCAGAUCCUCAGCCUUCAGCUGCCCCUUUCUUUGGCCCAGGUUGCCCAGCACCAUGUCCCUGCUGUCACAGCCAUGUAUGUUAAUUUAUCUCCUCCUGAGUCAUUUCUAAACUUGUACAGGACCUGAACCCCCUCCCCCUCACUUUUGGGUUCUGAAUGUUCUAUUGUAUUUACAUGCAGACAACUUUAUUUUAUAAGCUUAGUCCAUACCACUGGUCUGUAUCAUUAAAGAAGUUGAUCUUUAAGAACAGCUGUGCUUGGGGACCUUAAUUGGCACUGACACUAACACCACAGGCAGAACCAAGGGGGAUUCGGGGGUGUGUGUGAAGGUGACCCACACAGGCACUUGUGCUGUGGACUGCCAAGGGCCAGUCUUGCAAGGCAGCAUUAAAACCUCUUCAAUAAAUUAAUUUCAGACCUUUCUUGGCUGCAAUCUUUGAAUAAGCAGCCUGAAAACUUUACAAUUCUUCCUGCCCUGUUUUCUGUGUCCUCCUCUCUGUCUUCAGUGAAGUCCUGCACCACUCCCUGUCCUUACCCCUCUCUCCUUGGCCAAGCCGAGCCUGGGUUGAGGAGCUGCAGGAGCCCUCGCCAGCCUUUUUACUGCCUUCCCCUUCCAGCAGGAGCCCUGCUGUUGAUGGUCUGGGAAGGAGUUGUGGCAAGCCAAGAGGCAGUUAGAAAAUCCUACCUUCAGGUGGCAGUUCAGAGCCGAGCUGUGAGAAAGCCUCUGGAACAGGCCUGUUCCCUAACAAAUCUGAAUCCUAACAUGCAAGCAAU